AUACGGUAUAUUCGUUUAUGUCAAUGUACAAUGUAUAGUCAGGGUUCCUCGGAAAUUUCUGGAAUCAACUAUUUUGUACCACAUGUGGAUCAACGAUCCUCGGUAAAUGUGGACAACCAUGGCUCCAUGCAUACUUACAAUGCCAGCUUUCAAGCUAAUUUUAAUCCUGUUUAUGGGUCGAUACACACCUUUAACAAUGAAUCGUUACCAGUUUUAACCAUUGAAUUAAGGGAAAACGACGAAGAAGUACUUGAGAAAUUUGUAGAAGAAAUUGCGUCAACCGAUAAGAUUUCAUAUAAGGACAAGAAAGUUUCACAGUUGAAAAUUUCAGAAGCCAAAACUGCAUUAAUUACAACUCAUCGAUUAUGCAACAAACUAAAAUCAAUUCAUUCCAAGCUUAAAGAUGGUGAAUUAUCAGGAACAGAGUGGAAAGAAAAAUUAAAAGAAUGUAAAGAAAUAAAAGGUACAAUUUCUGAAUUAUUGGAGAAAUUGAAAGAUCCAGAAUUCAACGGCAACCUUGUGAAAGCAUUAAAGAUGCGUAAGAAGAAAAGAUUGAGAGAAAAGCGCAAGAGAGCAAAGAACAAAGUUGAGAAAGCAUUCAUUACUGAACGUAGAGUUCGAUUACAUACUGAAGCUGAUAUGUGGAUUAAGAAUAAACAAGAUAUAAUAGAAAGAGAGAAACAAGAAGAUAAUAUGCGUAAGGAUGCGGAUAUAAUCUUGGCUGAUGUAAGAGGUAAACGAAAUGACGCUAAACGAUUCUUGGGGCUGCUACAAGAAUUACAAAACUUAAGGAAAGUCAAAGCUAAUAUUGCUCGCGCAAGAGGGGAACACUUAUCUUCGGCAGCUGAUGAAACAUUCAGUAACAUUAUAGUGAGAUUGAUCGAACAGUGGACAGCUUUGGAUAGGGACUAUUCUCUUGAAGAGCAAGGUUUGAAAUUAAUGGUAAAGGCAGACAAUGAAUUGAAGAUUGAGAAGCAAACGAGAAGCACUUUCAAAGAAUGGGAACAUGCAAUUUUUGGAAAGAAAUAUCCAUCAUUCGACUUUUCUCAGAAAGAUUUGAAUGCAUUCAUUACAUUAAGGAAGGCAUGGGAUACGUAUGUGAGAUACGACGGAGAAGGGUCACCGAUUCCAGUUGGAUGGAUAAUGCCUGAUGUUCCUUCCAGUGCUGCCUGGCAAAAGUACCUCAAAUAAUAGUGAAAGUUUUGUACCAGUAAGUUAAUGUUAGUCACAGCUUAAUACACUACACAACUUGUGUUAAUAAAGUGAAAUGAUUAUGAUA